AAGCGGCGGCUCCAGCAGCAGCGGCGGCGGCAGCAGCGGCAGUAGCAGCGGCGCCGGGCCCCGGGGUGGAGGUGCUGCCGGCGGGGUGUGUGUGUGUGUGUGUGUGUUGUGCUCGCGCGUGUGUGUUUCUCGAGCAGCGGCGGCUCUCCGUACGGCGCCAGGACGAGUCCGGCUCGUGUUCGUCCGCGGAAAUCUCUCUCGUCUCGCUCGGCUGCGGGCAAUCGGGCUGAAGCGACUGAGUCCGCGAUGGAGAAAACUUUAGAAACUGUUCCUUUGGAGAGGAAAAAGAGAGAAAAGGAACAGUUCCGUAAACUCUUUAUUGGGGGCUUAAGCUUUGAAACUACUGAGGAAAGUUUGAGGAACUACUACGAGCAAUGGGGGAAACUUACCGAUUGUGUGGUCAUGAGGGAUCCUGCAAGCAAAAGGUCCAGGGGAUUCGGCUUUGUAACUUUCUCGUCUAUGGCUGAGGUUGAUGCUGCCAUGGCUGCAAGGCCUCACUCCAUCGACGGGAGAGUGGUCGAGCCGAAGCGUGCUGUAGCCAGAGAGGAAUCUGGAAAACCUGGGGCUCAUGUUACAGUGAAGAAGCUGUUUGUUGGUGGAAUUAAGGAAGACACUGAGGAACAUCACCUUAGAGAUUACUUUGAAGAAUAUGGGAAAAUUGAUACUAUUGAAAUCAUCACUGAUAGGCAGUCUGGAAAGAAAAGGGGCUUUGGCUUUGUUACCUUUGAUGACCACGACCCGGUGGAUAAGAUUGUGUUGCAAAAAUACCACACCAUCAAUGGUCAUAAUGCGGAAGUAAGAAAGGCUUUGUCUAGACAAGAAAUGCAAGAAGUCCAAAGUUCUAGGAGUGGAAGAGGAGGUAACUUUGGUUUUGGAGAUUCACGUGGUGGUGGUGGGAAUUUUGGACCAGGACCAGGCAGUAAUUUUAGAGGAUCUGAUGGAUAUGGAAGUGGACGUGGAUUUGGAGAUGGCUAUAAUGGGUAUGGAGGAGGACCUGGAGGUGGCAAUUUUGGAGGUAGCCCUGGUUAUGGAGGAGGAAGAGGGGGCUAUGGUGGUGGAGGACCUGGAUACGGCAGCCAGGGUGGAGGCUACGGAGGUGGUUAUGACAACUACGGAGGAGGGAAUUAUGGAAGUGGAAAUUACAAUGAUUUUGGAAAUUAUAAUCAGCAACCUUCUAACUAUGGCCCAAUGAAGAGUGGAAACUUUGGUGGUAGCAGAAACAUGGGGGGACCAUAUGGUGGAGGAAACUAUGGUCCAGGAGGCAGUGGAGGAAGUGGGGGUUAUGGUGGGAGGAGCCGAUAUUGAGCUGCGUCUGUUUAUCAUGGGCUUCACUGUAUAAAUAGGAGAGGAUGAGAGCCCAGAGGUAACAGAACAGCUUCAGGUUAUCGAAAUAACAAAUGUUAAGGAAACUCUAAUCUCAGUCAUGCAUAAAUAUGCAGUGAUAUGACAGAAGACACCAGAGCAGAUGCAGAGAGCCAUUUUGUGAAUGGAUUGGAUUAUUUAAUAACAUUACCUUAUUGUGGAGGAAGGAUUGUAAAAAAAAUGCCUUUGAGACAGUUUCUUAGCUUUUUAAUUGUUGUUUCUUUCUAGUGGUCUUUGUAAGAGUGUAGAAGCAUUCCUUCUUUGAUAAUGUUAAAUUUGUAAGUUUCAGGUGAUAUGUGAAACCUUUUUUAUUAAGAUUUUUCUCAAAGUUUUGAAAAGCUAUUAGCCAGGAUCAUGGUGUAAUAAGAAGUAACGUUUUUCCUUUAAAAAAAAAUUUAAGUGCGUGUGUAGAGUUAAGAAGCUGUUGUACAUUUAUGAUUUAAUAAAAUAAAUUCUAAAGGAAAUUGUGUAAUUAUAGACUUUUUAUUUUAAAUAAGUUAAGGAGGGGGUAGUGUAAUUAAGGUCCAUUGCAAAGCUGUUGUUAUGUUUGUGUAAGGAAAAUGCUGGUCAGAUGUAAGUGUGUUGUCUGCAAUUCAUCAGGAUUAAAUUAUCUAGAUAACAUAAGGGCUGUCUCUGCAAGGAGAAACACCUUUUUAGAUCUUUUAGAUGCUGCUUCUUCAAUGCAAGGAAAGGAAAUAACCCAGCGAGGUACUCUUCAGGGACACAGGUCUAGUACAAGAGAACUCUUGACGCCUACUAAGUUCAGCCAGUCUUAAAAAACUGUGCUGUUUCUACAAAGCUUAACAACAGUAGUUUCUAAGGAUGCCAACGAGAGCUGAGGGUGUAGAGCAAGAUAGUUCUAAGCUUCAGUUAACCUUCUGUAGGUAAGACCUUAUUGACUUUUCCUUUCUUAAUUUUCUUCCCUAAAAGAUAAACUAAUACUCUUCAAUGGUCUUUCAGUAUAGUGGUUCUUAUGUAGUUUAACAUAGCUAUAAAUUGAGUUUAACAAUUUAUAAACUCAACUUGAGAGUAAUUUUUUAUGAACCCUGUUUUCCAAUCUGUCAUUUACUUAAAUUAUUUUGGUUGUUUUCCCUUUUUUUUUCCUUCUUUCCCAUCCCCUCUCCCUCCAUGAAGAUUCAGGUGCUUAACAUAUCAUUUUUUUCCCUGCUGGAAUUUUAGCAUUGCUAUGAACCAUGGACAAGUAUAUUCUGCUGCCACAAAGACUCUAAAGUGCUUCAUUUCAACAGCUGAGGCAAGCCAAGUGAUCAUUAAUAAAGCUUUUCUUGGUUCCUUCAGUGGUGUUGGUAGUAAAAUGGUAGGUAAAAGUUAGGCUGCAAGUUCAAUAAAAUCAUGAGAUUUCCCUUCAUUACACCCUUCUGUAUUCACAUUUCUUGGAUCAAGCAUUAUAAAAGAAUUAGGGUUUUUUUAUUAUUAUUAAAAUAAAGGCAUUUUUCUUCCUGUAACUUUAUGGUUCUAGCUUUAUUACAUGCAUGUCAGGAUGAGGCUCAAAGAGAAGGUAGGGUGAAUGGUUGCGUUUGUUUCCAGAUGCUAGUGUUAGACAUAUGCACAAAUGUCUGCGUAGUGUUAGAUCUUUCCAGCACAAGGUUAGUUGGGUUCAAAUGUAACUUCCCCAGUGUCCUGCCCUAGGAAUGAUGGUUGCCUGCUAAAAUUCAUGUCUUAUACUGCUCAUCAGAGCUUGCUUCCUGGCUUUAUUGCCUUUCCAGGGAUGUAAUAUUCAGAGCCUAUUCCGUAUGCACCAGUGAGGCUUCUUUGAUCCUAAGACCACUGAAGUUAUUUAGGUUCUUUGGACAAACAUGAUAAACUUCUUCAGAUACUUUUUUUUUCCUUUGGCAGGAAGGUGUCUUGCUGCAGGUAACUAAUGAAGAAGUGGUCAACCACAGAAUCUUCAAGAACUAAGAAAUUCUGUACCAUCUGAAAGUAGUUCUUGUUGGUGCCUUCGUUUAAGAAGCACUCUUUAAGAUGAAAGGGAAAUGUUUUUUGAUAAAACAGAAACUUCAUCUAGUACAGGUUCUUCAUUUUAAAAUACAAAUGAAUGGUGUUUGUAAAACAUUCUCAAAUUAGCCAGAGAUAAAUGUAUCAUGUUUUAAAUUAGGUUUUGUGAGUAGAGAGAUGAAAGUUCUAUUUUAAAUACAAAGUUUAUAAAAUAAAUAACUUUUGUACCUAAAAACCUGGUGUAAUGUUUACACAUAAAAUGUGUGAAUCUUGUUCUAUAAACGUUUAGUUGUCCAAAAGAUCACCAUUCCCUAAAUUCUUAAAGCACUUAAAACUAUGCAUAUUUCCAUUUUUUUUCUUCAAUAUUAGUAGACAUUUCAGAAAAGCAUUGUGGGCAUUAUUGGCUGUCCCUAAUAAAAUGCUGUUUAUGCACUGUA